UUUUUCUUUGAAGGUCUUGGCUGUCGGUCUUCAGGAUGUACGGAUCGUUUCGGGUGCUGUUUCAGGUGCUGUGGGCCACCUGCUCUGUGGGGGUGCUAGGUUCUGAGCUAACGUUUGAGCUGCCAGAUAACGCCAAGCAGUGUUUCUACGAAGAUAUCAUCAUCGGUACCAAGUGUACACUGGAGUUUCAGGUGCUGACAGGUGGUCAUUAUGAUGUGGACUGUCGUUUGGAGGACCCAGAUGGCACUACGCUCUACAAGGAGAUGAAGAAGCAAUAUGACAGCUUUACCUUCACAGCAUCCAAGAAUGGCACCUACAAGUUCUGCUUCAGCAAUGAGUUCUCCACCUUCACGCACAAGACAGUUUAUUUUGACUUCCAGGUCGGCGAUGACCCUCCACUCUUUCCCAAUGAGAACAGAGUCACUGCUCUCACUCAGAUGGAAUCAGCCUGCGUGUCCAUCCAUGAGGCUCUGAAGUCAGUCAUCGACUACCAGACACAUUUCCGCCUUCGAGAGGCCCGACGCAGUCGGGCAGAGGACCUCAACACCCGCGUUGCAUUCUGGUCCAUUGGAGAAGCAUUAUCCUUCUGGUGGUCAGCAUCAGCCAGGUGGGUCCUGCUGAGAAGCUUCUUCUCUGAAAAGACCACUACAACACGUGUCGGCUCAUAACAGUCUCUGAGCUCCGGGGUCUGAUUCAUCACUUUGUUUAUCUGCACCUGGGAUGUGAGCAUACAGUGUUCAAGAGCAGCCAGUGCUGAUGUGAAAGUGGAUCAUAUCAAACUGCCAGAUCAUAAAAUCUGACAUCAUCCUCAUUCAGCACUGCUGCUCUUAGAAACUUUAUGCAAAUAAGUCUUGAGGAAAAGCUGUGGGUUUAAAAUGUUUUGAGGGGUAAAAGGAAAAAAACAGAAGGCUUGGUAAUUAUCUGUAUUUGAGCAAUUGAGUACUGGUCAUAUGGUUAAAGCAAACCUUAAGUAAUUUGAAUAUUUAGAAUAAUUUCUAAAUGUUUUCUUAUUUUAUUUUUGUCUUUUUCUGUCCCUGUCUUCUCAUACCCUCUGUCUGAUCCUUUCCAUGUUUUCAGCCCUAACCGUGCUCUGCAAAAAAAAAACAAGGGAGUGGAAGUUAGGAUUAAAUGUACUCAUAAUGUAAACAUGCUGCAGACAUUUUCUUUUAUCUGUGGGCCCUCAAACCACGCUUACAAUGCAAAGGUGCUUCUCCACAAAGGUUGUAUUUGGUUCAAAAAAAAAUCUGUUGCAUUUUUCUUUGUUCUUAAACCCACUGUUAAGUGAGAAAUAGUAGAUGCUGUGUUUGCUUUUAUCAGCUUUGUCAUUUUAAGUGAGGUAUUAGAAGGGAGUGUGCUAUGCAGAGAGUAACCCAUCCUUUAAUCAAUGUUAGCUUUCAGACGAUUGUAUUUGGGCUGAAGGAUUAAAGUUAGAAAUGCUAAUUGUCUCACUUGAAUAACAGCAGACCCAAUUCCUUAAAAACAAAUGAGUCCGUUCGUUGUGUUAUUUUUAUUUCCAUUUGCUCUGCAUGUUAUACGUUGGGGUAAAGUUCAAAUUGACCACUUUGAGGUGAAUUAUGAUAUAAAAGGUAAAGGUAUGCCGUUCUUUAUUACAUCUGUGUGACCUAAUGGGAGCCAAGCAAAAACAACAAAUUUCUUGGAUUUGACAGUGACAUUUGUGUGCUAUGUGACAAUGCCAACAGUUUUAAAUGCACCAGCUUCUAAAACCUUUGUCUCUGUUGGUUCCAAUGCAAUGUUAUAUGUAGUUCUGCCUUUCUGUUUGAAGUGUAACAACUUAUUUAUCUUGUGAGUGACACCUUUUGUUCUUUUUUUUUUUUUUUUUACAGCACUGUUGUAAAGUUAGUUGCGUUGCAGAAUUUUCUUGAAUAUACAGUAAUUCUAGUAACUGAGUUGUAAUUAGGUGUUUUAUCUCUCAUUGACUGCUCAGUUUAUUUCAAAAGAACAAAGUAAGAUGUAGAGAUCUGUAUCUAACAUUACUGGUUGUGGUAUUUUCAGUUUUCACAGUUGAUUCAUUUCACAAUGUAGAAAGAAGGAUUCUAAACGUGUAGUGAUAUACUUUCACUACAUGUUGUAGGUCACAUAGUAGUUUAUUCUAAGUCAUGUUGCUUCUGCUAGAAUCAAAGGUUUCAGUCUUUUAUCUAAUUUAAAAUGACAUCUGACUGUAAAUUUAGUUCUUGGAGACAUGAGAGAAUCAUUCAAUACCCGAGACUCUUGGAACCAUGUGAAGUUCACCUGUGGAAUUUUAACUGCAUAACAUCAGUGAAUGUGGCUGAGAUCAGAUCACUUCUUGACACAGAAACAACACUUAAAUUGUCUGAGGUUAUUUUUAAUAUUUAUGUCAACUUUUACACCUAACUCACUGAAAACAACCAAAACUCACCCCUUUCAUGAUUAUACUGUUCAGUGCUGUUGGUCAGAAGUGAUUCAUGAGGCUGUAUUAAAACUACUAAAAGCUUUAUUUUUUUUGCCAUGGUUUAUUUCUGAUUUGGCUUUGCUUUAUUGUUUUCCUCUGCUCACCAUAUGUUGUCAGUUUUGAUAUGUGAUGCAAUGUUGGUAUUUCCCAAAAAAUUGUUUGCUGGCAGGUCACGUUAUUACACAGUUCUGCUCCGAGACAUUGUGGGGAUUUAUUAAGUUAUUGGGAUGGCUGAAUAAAGUUCCUGUUUAAAAUGUUAA